ACUAAAGUCCUCUAGUGAUUGGCGCUCAAAUCGAAGUUGUUUUCCAGGUUGAGUGGCAUCGGAGCCUCCGUUUACAGAAGUGCUGCGGGUCGUGAAUGCGUUUCAAUCUUCCUUACACCCUGCAUCCCUGUUAACGGGACACAGAAAAUGACUUUAGUCUUACCAGCAGUAGCCAAGGAGAUACUUGGAGAUGUUAAGAAAGCAUAUGAGGAAACAUCAAAAAUUCCUGAUGAACUGUUACUUGCGCUGAAAUUUGUAUUUGGCCCCAUAGUUCUCUUGGCUUUAGACUUAGUGGACCAGCGUGCAGUAACUAAUGUUACAUCUCCAAGUGGAAGAAAGGUCUUUCAGGUACUAGGAAGUUCGGGGAGGCUGUACACAUGCUAUGUUGCCUGUCUGUACUGCCCCUGUCCAGCUUUUGCCUUCUCUGUGCUGCAGAGGAAUGAUGGUUUGCUGUGUAAACAUAUUCUUGCCACUCUCCUGAGUGAAGCGAUGGGACUCUGUCAGACUGCAGCUGUUUCAGACCAGCAGAUGACCGAGAUCCUACUAGAGAAGGAAGAAGACUGAUGGUAGAGGAUUGCAACAGACGAUUUCAGUGGUUAGUGGAGGCAAAGAGUAGUAUUUUGAAAGAGGUUAUUUAACCAUAAAUAAUUUUAUUUUUCUGACUGAUGAAUCCUUUACUUUUUUAUUUUGUGUUUUACAUUUGUAGUUUGUUUCUGUAAAAAAAAGUUGAAAAAAGUUUUAAUAAGAGAAGCAAGAUGUUUGAUGUAAAUCAUUAUUU